AUGGCAUUGCCAUCAAGUCUUCCAAGAGUAUUCGGUCGUAAAAGACCUCCAGAAGGUCAUCAAAUUAGUACGGAUGUCCCGACUAAUAGAGCGCAUCCAGCAUCUGGAGUACAUACCACCACCGCCCAACUCUCCCUCAAGGGCUUCUGGAGAGGUCAAAAACCGAAGCAACAUCCAAACAUACAACCAUCACCACCUGCCGCCACUACCACUACAACAUUAUCACCCGUAUCAACAGCUCCAGCUGUCAAAGAAAAGUCUCUAAAGGAUUAUACUAUAAUUGGAUUAUUGGGCGAAGGAGGACAGGGACGUGUCUUAUUAGCUGAAAACAUUGCAACAGGCCAAAAAGUAGCCCUCAAGCAAAUCAUGAAGGAGUUUAAUGGUGCCAAGCCAUUGACAGGAAGCUUGAAACAUGAGCUCAAGGUGCUCAAGAUGGCUCGAGGAUGCCCAUUCCUGAUUUCGGCUUCUGCUUGCUUUCAAGACAAGAACUAUAUAUACGUAGAAAUGGAAUAUGUCGAGGGUGUUGGGUUGGGGAAACUUAUUGAUAAGAAGCCUCUCAACACCCAACCAUUUGAACAUGGGGACAUUAAAGCUGACAACAUCAUGAUAACUCGUAAUGGCCAAGUAAAAGUAUUGGAUUACGGCCUGUCUCGACUCAACAUGACCGAUAUCGCUGUUUGUGAACCAUCACAAGCAGGUACUUUGUUUUAUAUGUCUCCGGAAAUGCUGGGCAAUGAGUCAUAUGGUCGCUACGUUGAUUUCUGGGCUUUGGGAGUCCUGCUCUAUGAGAUGGCUAAUAACCAAGUGCCGUUUUUGGGAUAUGACGAAGCUGGGCUUUUGAAAGACAUUCAAACGUACCCGCUAAACCGUAUCCCAAACCUCGAAUGCAACGGAUCGACGGUGUUCCGCGCUUUUACUUUGAGUCUGGUCAUCCGUAACAAGAAACAUCGCUUGGGUAUGGACGGUGUUGGAGAGGUGAUGAAACACGAAUACUUUGUUGGCAUGAAUUUGGAGGACUUCGGCUCACUCCGAGUACCUCCACCUCUUAUUUCACAAAUGAAGAAACGGCCAGCCAAAAGGAUGCCCCUGUUGGACUGCAUUCCACCUUGGAAGAGAGUACCAAAACUCUUCCAAGACUUGAUGUUUGAUACAGAUCCUGCUGUGUCAACCAUGGACACCGUUUGUGUACGUGCUGUCGAGCAUGUUGGUGAUUCUUUAGGUCGUCGUAUGGAAAAGGGUGGUCUUCGCCCUAGCGGGAUAAAUACCGCAGUGGCUGACGCACCAACGGUCGCAGUAGCAAAAUCCGAUAAACGUUACGGUAAACCCGUAUCUGAACUCCCCACAACCAAACCAAAGUCAUCAACCACUACCACCGCAGCAUUGGGUACCGUCAAAACGAACAAGGUCACGUCCGUCUUUAAGAUAAAAGGUUUCCUCGCUCGUAGAGCUGUUGAAAAGGUCAAGAAGCCGUCCGUAACUUCUGGCACUACGAGUCAUCACAUCAUCUGCUCUCCUCGUGCCAGCCCUGAAAUCGGUGCUCUUCACCCUGUUGUAUUCGAGACCACAGUGGCUGAAUCACCUGCUAUAGUCAAACCAGUCCAUUCAAGUGAAGCCAGAAACUCCUCUCGAAAUGAGGCUGCUGUCUCAGCUGUGUCCAUUGAUCGUCAAGGCCCCGAAACCAUAGUACCGGGUCCUGCUGAUUAUAGCAGUCAAGUAUCAGCAGCACUACCACAAGCCGUGAAAGCUACACCAGCUGUAGCAAUCACCGACAACAAACGUACGGGUCGUAAACUCGGUGCUCUUCGCCCUGUCGGGACAUCCCCGACAGUGGUCGAAUCACCCGCUGCUGUCGCUACGGAGGAAGGACCUAACAAUAGCUGGAAUGUCUUGGACACCAUCCCUUCAGUCUUGUCAUAUCGAAAUCAUGCUGCCUCCACUGUAGUCAUGUCUGAAAAAUCAGAAGAUGUCGCUCAAUCAGAAAGGGCUACCACGUCUGUUGAUAAAGAAAGUCCAGAAUCCAGUAUUAUGGCUGUCGCCUAUACCGCAGAAAGUGAAGUCGCUGACGUCGGACCUCCCAUCGUGUCAUCCGUAGAUCGAGACGAAACACCUAUCUCGAAGACUCAUGACAACCAGGAUUCUGCUACCAUAUCAACCGUUUUGGAUCGUGAUACCAACUUGGCCAAUCCGGCACCAUUACACCCAAACUCGAAUGAAUAUAACACCUUUUGCAUCGUCAUUGGACUCAUGAGCUUCGCUAGCCUCAUUACUAGCAUUGUCGCUACCAUCGGUAUGUAA